UUGUUAUCUAAAGAUUGAAUUUUUGUAUAACCAUCUCAUAAAAUGAUCAAUUUUGAUUGAUUUUUGGAUAGAUUUCUUUAUAUAUUUUUUGGAAAUAUUUAAAACAAUAAAUUCAUUUACCGUAAUUUUUAUUUUGACCAGAGAUACACAGGUCAGUUUCAAAAAUGGCUGGACUCCUAUCAUCAGCUUCUGUGCAAAUCUCCGCCAAAGGUCCAAUCUUUUGCUCCUAGCAUUUGUUUCGUCGUUGUUCUUUGUAUGAUUCGAGGCAGGUUUGGAAAGUUGCAGAUUAAACAAUCUUUCGCAGCACCGCAAGGGAAGAAGUCCGUACAUUUCUUUGGUUGCAAAGUCAAUGCGUGCGUAAGUGCUUCUAUGAAACCAACGGAGAAGCAGGUCUGGGUAUGGACGGAGAAGAAGGAGGUGAUGACUGCCGCCGUCGAGCGGGGUUGGAAUACUUUUAUAUUUCACCAUCAGAACCGUGACCUCGCCCUUGAAUGGUCUUCUACUGCAUUGUUGUUUCCUCUCUUCAUUGAGGGAGAAGGGCUUUUUGACGGUGAGCAUUCCAAAGUAGCUGCUUACUAUGAGAUUUCUUCCCCUGAGCAGCUACAGAAGCUCCAACCUUUCAAUGAAGAUGUGGAAAAUGUUGUCGUUGAUUUGUUAAACUGGAAGGUGAUACCUGCGGAAAAUAUAGUGGCAGCAAUUCAAGGCAUGAAGAAAACAGUAUUGGCUCUCUCUAAAACACCAUCUGAAGCUAAAAUAUUUUUUGAGGCCUUGGAGCAGGGUUUGGGUGGUGUAGUUUUGAAAACUGAGGAUGCUAAUGCCAUCCUUGAGCUAAAGGCUUAUCUAGAUAGAAAAAACAGUGAGGGGAGUCUUUUGGAAUUGACAAAAGCUCGUGUAACUAAUGUUCAAAUGGUUGGAAUGGGAGACCGUGUUUGCGUUGAUCUCUGCAGCCUGAUGAAACCCGGUGAAGGCCUCCUGGUUGGAUCCUUUGCAAGAGGGCUCUUCCUUGUCCAUUCAGAAUGCUUAGAGUCAAAUUACGUUGCUAGCAGGCCAUUUCGGGUUAAUGCAGGCCCAGUCCAUGCCUAUGUUGCUGUGCCAGGGGGAAAGACUAGCUACCUUUCAGAAUUAAAAGCUGGGAAAGAGGUUGUUGUAGUUGACCAAGAAGGGAUGCAGCGUACAGCCACUGUUGGUCGUCUCAAGAUAGAGACUAGGCAACUGAUCCUCAUCGAGGCAAAGAGAGACGACGAAGAUCAAGGGCAUUGCAGCAUUCUGUUACAAAAUGCCGAAACUGUUGCUUUAGUAUCGCCUCCAGGAGCUGGACGUCAAAGCAGAGCAAUCCCAGUUACCUCACUGCAAAUAGGCGACGAGGUUCUUCUGAGACAGCAGGGAGGCGCCCGGCACACCGGAAUAGAAAUAGAAGAAUUCAUAGUUGAGAAAUGAAAAUUCCAACUAACAGGUUAAUACUACUGGUUUUGUAUGAAGAAAAGAAAGAACAAAAACAUGUUCUUUUCA